CGUAAUCUCCAUGGGAACGCCGUCACGCAGGAGGAAGUGAUCAGGACUAUCUGACAGUGAGCUCGCUUUAGCAUGGCAACAAAGGCAGUUCUGCCUAGGAGGGCCGACCCCACUGAGUUGAAAGCCAUUUUUGAAAAGUAUGCCAGCGUCAAGAAGAAUGAGGAAUACUUCAUGUCGGCGCAGGACUUCGUGAGCCGUUUCCUCCAUGCUCACACGGACAUUCUGCUGACCAAUGAGGCCACAAAUCUGCUGGCUGGAGUGGUGGACCAGAAGAAAGAUGGCUUGAUCUCCUUUCAGGAGUUUGUAGCAUUUGAAUCGGUGCUGUGUGCCCCAGACUCACUUUUCAUGGUUGCCUUCCUGCUGUUUGAUAAAACGGGCAUUGGGAUUACCACUUUUGAUAUUCAGCUCCCCUCCCCCUCCCCAAAUCUUUUUCUCUUCCCAGUUUAUGUCUUACCAAAGUGUUUUGACCUACUCACAACCGACCAAAGAAGCCUUCAUACACCGCAGGAGAUGCAGCUGGAACACGCGCGACAGGCUUUCAUCCAGCGUGACCAAGCCCACAGCGGCUCCAUCUCAGCGCUGGACUUCAGGGACAUCAUGGUUACCAUUCGGCCACACAUGCUCACACCCUUCGUAGAGGAAUGCCUCGUGGCGGUUGCAGGGGGUAGCACGUCUCAUCAGGUCAGCUUCUCCUACUUCAACGGCUUCAACUCGCUGCUCAACAAUAUGGAGCUGAUUAGAAAGAUCUACAGCACUCUGGCUGGCCACCGCCGAGAUGUGGAAGUCACUAAAGAGGAGUUUAUCGUGGCAGCUCAAAGGUUCGGCCAGGUGACGCCCAUGGAGGUCGACAUCCUCUUUCAGCUGGCUGACCUGUCGGAGCCUCGUGGACGUGUUGGUUUAGCGGACAUUGAGAAGAUUGCUCCGCUGGAGGAAGGUGCCCUGCCCUACAACUUGGCUGAAGUCCAGAGACAGCACUCGGGCAGCGACGGCUCCCGCCCCAUCCUUAUCCAGGUGGCAGAGUCGAUCUACAGAUUCGCUCUUGGCUCAGUAGCAGGGGCUGUGGGUGCAACAGCAGUGUACCCCAUUGAUCUGGUGAAGACACGCAUGCAGAACCAGAGGAGCAGCGGGUCACUGGUGGGAGAGCUCAUGUACAAGAACAGCUUCGACUGCUUCAAGAAGGUGGUGCGCUACGAGGGCUUCUUCGGACUUUACCGAGGUCUGGUACCACAGCUACUGGGUGUGGCGCCCGAGAAAGCCAUAAAGCUCACAGUGAAUGAUUUUGUGCGUGGAAAGACCAGACAGAAGGACGGUACAGUCCCGCUUGCCGCUGAGAUUCUGGCUGGUGGAUGUGCUGGAGGAUCCCAGGUGAUCUUCACAAACCCUCUGGAGAUAGUAAAGAUCCGUCUGCAGGUGGCAGGAGAGAUCACCACGGGGCCGAGGGUCAGCGCUCUGUCGGUCAUCAGGGACCUGGGCUUCUUUGGGCUUUACAAGGGUUCCAAGGCUUGUUUUCUGCGGGACAUCCCCUUCUCGGCUAUCUACUUCCCUUGCUACGCCCACACCAAGGCUUACCUCACUGAGGAGGAUGGAAGAAUAGGGCCAGCCAGGAUGCUGUUUGCCGGAGCUCUGGCAGGCAUGCCGGCCGCCUCUCUGGUGACCCCGGCAGACGUGAUCAAGACACGGCUACAGGUGGCGGCGCGUGCUGGCCAGACCACCUACAGCGGCCUGAUGGACUGCUUCUGGAAGAUUCUCAGAGAAGAGGGGCCCCGCGCUUUCUGGAAAGGAGCUGGAGCUCGAGUGUUUCGUUCUUCGCCUCAGUUUGGGGUGACACUGGUGACCUAUGAACUCCUGCAGCGCUGGUUUUAUAUCGACUUUGGAGGACCAAAGCCGGCUGGCUCCGAGCCCACCCCCAAGUCUCGGAUCAGCCUGCCGGCGCCCAACCCCGACCACAUCGGAGGCUUCAGGUUGGCCGUGGCCACAUUCGCUGGCAUCGAGAGCAAGUUUGGACUCCAUCUCCCACGCUACACGGUGCCGACGGCAGCGGCCCCUUCCAACGUGAGCACCCCCUGAACCUCCACGGGUGUGUGUUUGAGGGGGGAGCUGAAGUGUUUUUCAUACGUAAAGCACCGAGAAACUAUCAGGUCCAUUUAGUUUUCACAGUAUUUGAAGUUAUUUUGUUCUAAUUAUUGUAUAAAAGCAUCUAUAUGCGAUCUCACCGAUUAGUGUGUAAUUGCUACAGGGCUCACGCAGUGUUUGUUUCACAGUGUUGUGUUAUACUAGUUAGGUUUACACUCCAAACUCGUACACAGUAUGCACACAGCAGCAGAAGGGCUUGCACAAAUACACUUGAACACUUUCUUUAAAUAUCGGUGGCUACUUACUGUUGCAGCUUUUUCCAGUGUCUUCCUUUUGUGUUGCUUUAUAACCAAAAGCACAUUAAUCACAUGAUCAUAAAACCGGCUACACACAAAAAAUACAGUAAAUGUGGCACUUCUUGAUAUAUUAGAAAUCCAGACAUAUUUUCAUAUGUGUGCGUUUGUUUUGAUUGAGUUGCUCUUUUCAACCGUGUGUCGAUUUAUGGUCGAAUGAAUCCAGAAGAAUACGACCAGAGAAAGAAGUUUUGAAUGUAAAAGGCGCGGCGUUAACGUUGUGACCGUACAUAAUGUUCACCGCUGUCAAGAUGUUUGGGUUCAGGUUUAAAUGUAUGCAGAUGUGGAAAUAUAUGAAGGAGUGCGUGCGCCAUGGCUCUGUAUUUAAACUUGUACGGUGCAGAGACUGUAGGAGCUACAUGUGGUGUGUAAUAAUUGUGCCUUACUGAACGUAUGGCAGCAACAUGUGUGGUCGGAGUAAAGAGACACUUGUAUUAGUAA